AUGGAGCUCAUUUCUACACAGUUUACUGGCAGCUGGAGAAGAUACUGGACAAGAAAGCGAUACCAGAGGCUCGAUGGCGGACUUACUGGCCGAAAGAAUAUGAAAGUCGUGAGGAUUGGAGGUGGUAGCCCACGUAGGUCUGCUUGGAAGAUCAGACCCAAGCAAAAAAUAUUAAAGAUUGCAACUGCUUCUCCAUUGAAGCUUUUGCGGAAGCUUAAGAGUGCUUAUGUUGAUAUGAUGGUUAACUUGGCAGGGAACGUCAGUUUCUUGAAUAAUGAUAGUGUGUUUGGGAAUAAACGGAUUCCGAAAGCUAGGCCGGUUCCGAUUGCUGCUUCUUCUAAUGAAGAGUUUGAGACUAGGCUGGUUUAUGAGAUCUAUAAGGCCUUGAAGGCAACUCAAUGA